AACCAUCUUCUCUUUGUUCUCCUUUUUCAACUCGUGGUGGUUAAUCCUCCAGUGUAGGUUGUAAAGUAAGGCAUGAGUAUUUCACCAUUUGUGGCAGGGGUUGCCUCAUGUCGCUCAUCUUUGUUAAACACCACCACCUAGCGGUGCCUCACACAAACACAAACACACACAUCCACCCACACACCCCCACGCGUCACCUCCCCAAAAUAACCAAAAAAACUACAUAUCCCAUGCUCCCCUGUCCGAGAGGCAGGCAGUCAUGCGGAUGGAAACAGCAGUGGGCAUCCGCCGCGCUGCACGAAGAAGAAACUUCGAGGAAAGAUGCACGAAGAGGAGGAUGGCAGCGAGGCAAACUCCUGCACGGCUUCGCGGAUUUUGGCCUCCAAGUCUGUGGAUGUGGCCGAAGUCGAGGGCGCGAGGGAGCAGGCUUCCAAGCUGUGCGGCUACUUGAACAAACUGUCCGGCAAAGGGCCUCUGAGGGGGUACAAGCCGAGGUGGUUCGUGUAUGAUCCGAGGAAAUGUUACUUGUACUACUUCAAGACUCCCCAAGAUGCCUUGCCGCUCGGUCACAUCGAGAUCGGCGACGCGUGCUUCUCCUACGAUGUGGAGGGGGAAGAGGGUCAGUUCGAGAUUCGCACCGCCGGGAAGGAGUUUCUCGUCAAGGCUCCCAGCAGACAGGUGAUGCAUUACUGGCUGCAGCAGUUGCAGCAGAAACGUUGGGAGUACAGCAACACGCGAGGCUCCGGCCAGAGAGACAGCUGGAGCUCCCCGACCCUGGCCUACCCUCCCACUGGCCUUGUAGGCAAAGAGAAUGAUGCCUUCGUCUUCGAUAAGCUAAGUGACAGCAUGGAGAAGGUCCGCAGCGACUUCGCCAUGGAGACAGAAACCGACGGAGGGGGAAUGGUGGGGAUCCAGUCGGCCAGGGGUCCCGCCGCCGCGUCCUUCUCGCUUAGAAACUUCGGUACAGAACUCAGGAACUCCAUGUCUUAUCUGCGGCAGGGCAGAGGAGCUGAGGGCAGGCGCAGUGUGUUUUACACCAGUAACAGCAGCGCAGAGGAGUGGGAGCUGGUGGACGCCCCACCCAAGGACAUCCCUGAACAGAAACAUCAUCCAGAUACACACAGACAUUCCUUUGGCUCGGCUUUUACUUUCGACUUUGUGCGCACCUCGGCGCGACCUAAGAAGCCUUUGCUUCGAGACAUGAUGGGCUCUGGGAGGUUUGGGCGCAAUGCAGAGACGCGCAACGCAGAGACGCGCAGCGCCGAGAGCUCCCCGGUGGAGUGUAACGGCAGCAAAUCUUUGGAGAUGCAGCUUCGCCUCCAGAGCCAGCAGGAAGAACUGAGCCGCACGCAGCAGGAGCAGGCCAAACUCAGAGAGGAGCUGGCCAGCCAGAAGGAGCUGGUGAGACUUCUGCAGCAAACUCUACGGACGUCUCAGUCUGAUAGGCCGACCGUCCACCGUCCAGCCCCGGCCCUGGAUUCAUCUGAAGCCUCGGACCAGAACCAGGCGCCGGUUGUUAACCAGGAAGAAAUCGCUCAGCUGGAGAUCCUGCUUAAGGAAAGAGAUGGACAGAUCCAGUCCCUGUGUGGCCAUAUGGAGCGUCUGGCCUUGGAGAAGGAGAGCCUGCAACAGGAGCUCAAGGGCCUGAAGAUCAAAGUGGGGGAGAUAAACGACCAGCUGGGGAUGCUGAUGGAGACCAUCCAGGCUAAGGAUGAAGUCAUCAUAAAGCUGUCGCAGCAGAGCUCCGAGCAGGGUGGAAAUCCAAAUGACACCAGUUCACUGUCUCCCAGCAAAGAUCAGCAGGAGCUGGACAUCCUCAAGGAUAGUCUUCAAGGCUACAAAUCCCAGAACAAGUUCCUGAACAAAGAGAUCCUAGAGCUGACAGUGUUACGCAGAAACGCAGAGAGCAGAGAAAAGGCUUUAGAAGCAAAGUAUACGGCCCUGGAGGCCAAGUUGUGUCAAGUGGAGAGUAAGUACCUGGUGCUGCUUCAAGAAGUGAAGACCCCAGUGUGUUCGUCUUCAGAGCAGAGCCCUGCCCGUGAUGUAAUUUCAAGAUUAUUAGAGGAUGCACUGCAGGCAGAGGGCCCCGACCAGCAAGAGCACCUCAUCUUCAAACCCAACACUGUCAGUGAGUAUGACGUGUAUGGCUUCAAGACUGUGCCUGAGGAAGAAGAGGAGGAGGAGAAGCUGUUUGCAAAGGUGAGAGCCUUGGAGCUGAAGUCCCUGUCCAUGACAAACCAGGAGGUGUCAGUUGGAGUAAAGUGGGAGAACUACCUGGCCAGCACCAUGAACAGAGACCUGGUGCGCUCCCCUGAGCUCAAAGCCCUGAUUCGCUGUGGCGUGCCCCACGAGCACAGGUCCCAGGUGUGGCGCUGGUGUGUCUCCUUCCACGUCAAAAAGUUUCGGGACCACUUGGCGCCAGACUAUUACGAGACCCUGCUGAACGUGGCCCGGGAGAAGCCCAACCCAGCCUCGAAGCAGAUCGAGCUGGACUUGCUGCGUACUUUGCCCAACAACAAGCACUACGCCUCCCCAAGCGCAGGCGGCAUCCAGAAACUCAGGAAUGUCCUGAUGGCUUUCUCCUGGAGGAAUCCAGAUAUCGGCUACUGUCAGGGGCUAAACAGGCUGGCUGCCAUUGCCUUGCUCUAUCUGGACCAAGAGGACGCCUUCUGGAGCCUUAUAGCCAUUGUGGAAGUCUUCAUGCCAAGAGACUAUUACACCAAGACUCUGCUUGGCUCACAGGUUGACCAGCGUGUGUUCAAGGACCUGAUGAGCGAGAAGCUGCCCCGGCUUCACGCCCACUUUGAGCAGUACAAGGUAGACUUCUCCCUCAUCACCUUCAACUGGUUCCUGGUGGUGUUUGUGGACAGCGUGGUGAGCGACAUCCUCUUCAAGAUCUGGGAUGCCUUUCUGUAUGAAGGUCCAAAGAUCAUAUUUCGCUUUGCCCUCGCUCUUUUCAAGUACAAAGAGGAAGAGUUUUUGAAGUUGCAGGAUUCCACAGCCCUCUUCAAAUAUCUUCGAUACUUCACGCGCACAAUCCUGGACUCAAGGAAGCUGAUGAGCAUCGCUUUUGUGGACAUGAACCCAUUCCCGAUGAGGCAAAUCCAGAACCGCCGUUCCUUCCAUCUGGAGAAAGUCCGUCUGGAGCUGACCGAGCUGGAGGCGAUCAGACAGACCUUCCUCAGGGAGAGAGAGACGAAUCAGGACGGACGGAGCUUCGUCAGCGACGAUGAGGAGGAUAACUGACCUUAAGCCCAGAGCACCUUUCCGGGUCAUGUGGCUGAACGCCUGAAGACAAAGAGAUCAACUCCAUGCACCAGUGAUGUGUUGCAGUUUGUAAAGGGAUUUUCAUUUUUUCCUGAAGAAAUGUUGGAGACGGUCUCUGCAUCAAAGCUGGAACAAUCAACUUUAUACAAAUUUAGCAUCAAAGAACCAAAACAUUACAGGCCGAAUGGGCUUUCUAUCAGUAUUCCUGCCAUUUUUAUUCUUUUUUUGUAAAUGAUUUAUCUACCGUAUGCUUAUGUGUUUAUGUGAUGGCCAAAACAGUACGCAUGUCUUAUGUCUUUUCAUUCUCCCAUGCCAAGCUCAACACUUGCAGUCCGAAUCAGUAUUUUUUAAAACAUGGCUGUGAUCUCUUAAUCGUUGGCAAUUUUAUGCCUGUUGAAGGAAUGAUUGUAAUUUUUUUUUUUUUUUACUCUUGUUUUCACAGUGAUUCAGUUUUUUGUGCUUUCUCUGUCCUCAGAUUCUUUCUUAAAUGCUUUUUAAUUGUCUUUUUUCCCCACAUUGCCACUUGCUGUUUGAUCCCCGUGUCUGUGGACGCACUUGAAUCACUUAUGCUGAAAUUCAUAUUUUGUUGAAACGUAAAAUGUAAGUCUUAAGAGAGCCUUCUUAUCAUUCGGUAAUGAACAUAUCAUUCCAGGUUGUGUGUGGUUCAGAAGCACACACACAAAGAUUUGCAAUCUCAUGAAAAAAAAUUCUCUAAACACGUGGAACAUUUUGGGAAAGACUGCGUCUUGUGUUUUUAUCUCUGUAUUCAGAUCAAAUAGCUAAAUGAUGGACCAGUUAAACCAUCAUAGUAAUGUUGGUAAAGUAAUAUUGGUGACUCUGUUUUAUGUUAUCUGGUCAUAUUUGGCAGAAUUCUGUCUGGGACUGUUAUUUUACUUUAAUACUUUCAGAUCAUUUUAUUCUAAAUGUCUCUUAAUUACUUAAAAAGAAAUGUCUGAAAGCUCAAAUUGUUAUGCACCUCCAUUGUUCUUAAACUCAUACUAGAUUGUAUAACAGCCACUGGAUUUGUUUAAGAGAAUAUUUUUGCAUCAACUCCAAAGCACCACAUUAGUGGAUUCCUACAAAUUUCCUGAUAAUCAGAGUUUUUUAUUGUAGCUACUCUUUGUGUAUUUUAAUAUCCCCUUCACUUUAAUGUAUUAUUUCUUUUUGUUUUAGUAUUGUUGCUGCCUUUUCCCAAAUAUUAGGAUUGUUUGCAAGUGCUUCAGUGGAUUCAGUUUCCCCUGACCUGCUUUGUAAGAUACAAAGCACAUGAACAAUGCUGGGAUUUCUGAGCCCUGUCCUAAAUUGCUGAUGUGUUUGCAUUCAUUGUCCACAGUGUGGCAGUAUAACAUUUGUCCACCCAGUGUUUGCACUCGUCCACAGGUACUAUGCUGUAUUUCAGCUCUGGGUAGAACGGCUGUGAAGUCGGUCCAUCAACGUGAUUGUUGCGUUUAAGUGGAGGUAUGAUUUUUAAUGUAUGAGGGAAGUAUUUCAGGUGAUUGCUGACAUGUGGAGCAAUGUCUUUCUCUCUUCCACGUCCAGGUACUGACACAUGACAGUUUACUCUUAAACACUGUGACUGUAUUCUCUAACACCUGUUUUAUAAUUCCUAAGAAAUUCCUAAGAAACCAUAUUUAGAUUUGGUUAAUCAACAGUGUUAAACUGUUGUUUUAAUGCGAAUCUACAAGAAGGGGACAAGUAUGUUUUUCUCACUUCGCCUUUCUCUUGUGUGCUGUUGUAUUGUUUACAACUCAUUAUAACUUUUAAUAUCCUGUAUUUUUUAUUUACUUUGAGCUGUUUACAGAUAUUUCUUUGCUGUUUGUUCAAAGUUUUUCCACUCUCUCUCUGCCACACUAUUGUCAGCAGAGGCACCAAUCUUUAUUUGACAACCUGAACUUGUGAACAAAUGGCAGAAAUUACAGUUUUGAUGAUGGAAAUGUAAAUGAAAAAAAAAAAUCUCUAGAAGUUAAAAUUCGAUUUGCCUUCCUCAUGAGAGCAGGUCUCUCUAGAAAUCCACAUUUUCAAGUUUUAAGGUAAAAAAAAAAAUUCUUAGGUCCAGUCAUUUUGUCAAAGAUAGACGAUUUCAAGGUUUACUUAUAUUUCAAUACACAACCUCCUGUUCUAAGGCUAGUUUGCAUGUAUUUUUAAUGUUUUUUAAUCAUUUUAUUUUUACACUGAAUAAGCUACAUGUAAAACUAUCAUCAUUUCCUCUUGUUUUUUUUCUCUCUUUUUUUUUUUUGCUUUUCCCAGCAGUAUAUUGCACAAGUGUGACAGGACGACUUAAAAAUAUUAUAGGGCACUUCACUUCUUUUUCUUGUAAACCUCUACAGCAUCUUGUUCAUUGUUAAUCAAUAUAAAGUUCAAAGCUUUUAUGUUGCAGAAAAUAAGCAUACGCCACUGUAUGUUUCUGAAAUACCAGUUAAAAGACAUAUUCAAUAAACAAUGGCUGACUGAG